CUGAUGGGAAUGAGGGUCUGAGUGCUUCCCCAGGCCCCAGGGCAGAGGUCAGUGCUUUCAGAGAUAUCCGGGUGAGCUGGGGGGAUACUGGGGCUUGUGGGCAGCUCCUGGUAUGUUUCCCAGCUGGUGUCCCAGCCUCCAGACCACCCUGCAGGCAGGCCCCAAUCUAGGACUGCAGGAUACCGGCAGCCUCUCCCUUGAGGUGGCACCACGUGAAGUGGCUCUGCUGGCUGGGCCCUGGGGGCAGGGGCUUGGAAGGAGGUUCGUGUCUCAUUCAGAGCAGCUCUGCAGAGCAGCACAUCAGCGGGGACUAUGGCGGGCUCCCCAGACCAAGAGGGCUUCUUCAACCUGCUGAGCCAUGUGCAGGGUGACCGAAUGGAGGAGCAGCGCUGCUCACUGCAGGCAGGACCAGGAACAACCUCCCAGAGCCAGAGUGGCCCUGCGCCAGAGAUGGACAGUUUCAUGGACAUGCUGGCCAGCACCCAGGGCCGCCGCAUGGAUGACCAGCGUGUGACAGUCAGUGCCCUGCCUGGCUUCCAGCCUGUGGGUCCCAAGGAUGGAAUGCAGAAACGCAUGGGGACCCUCAGCCCCCAACCCCUCCUCACCCCUCAGGAUCCAACUGCUCUCAGCUUCCGUCGGAACAGCAGCCCCCAACCCCAGACACAAGCUCCCUGAGGGCCUGAGCUGUCCUGGGCCCCCACUUGGGCUCCCUGAAAGCAGACAAUAAAACACUUCCACAAGCAACAAA